UUUCACCGGGCGAUCCCCCACAACGUUUCCUUACUUUCUUUUAUUCCCGUCCAACGGGAGAAGUCUGGGAUUAUAGAAAUAGAGAGCGAGAGAGAGAGAGAGAGAGAGAGAGAGCGCGCGCAGUGUUUAUGUGUUUGUGCGUGGGUGCUGAUUGGCCAAAGCGGGACCGUUCUUCCCACCGGCGUGUCAAACCGGGAGCCGGCUGUCCAGAGAUAUAUAUUAGGUGCAGACUCGCGCCCCGUAAAAGUUUCCUCCUCCGCCAGUAGUUCCGUGGGCACGCGCGCACGCCGCACACAUAGGUUUACAUAAGAAUAAGAAUAUUUUUUUAAAAAAAAUCUAAAACAAACAAGAGUCAAUGGCUGCCGCCGUUCACGCAAGCUGUGUGUGGAUGUUAGUGCUGGGCGCGUGCGUGUCGCUCGCGGUGGGAACGGACUGCGAGAAGGAGUGCGCGCUCUGCGUCUACCGUCUCCUGGGACAGCAGUCUGGUCUCUCCUCCCUGACAUGCUCAUUGGAGUGCCAGGGUGGGUUGGACACCCGGAAGCUCCGCCUCUGCCGGGACAUCCUUCUGGAUGAGGAGAACCUCAUCUCUCUUGAUGACAUCCCCACUGGCCAGCAGCAGGAGCAAGAAGUGGCGGGGGGCGUGGCCACCAACGAGGAAGAAGCGACAUCACCAGAGCACCAGCUGGCCAAGAAAUACGGUGGCUUCAUGAAGCGCUACGGCGGCUUCAUGUCUCGACGCUCCUCCUCCUCCCCCCCACAGGGGGCACUGGAGGAUUCUGGGAACCAGGAAGAGGAAGAGAAUGUUCGCCUGGAGAUCUUAAAGAUCCUCAAUGCCGAGGCGGAGCAUGGGGGCAGUCAGGGCGGCGAGGCGGUGAAGCGGUAUGGGGGGUUCAUGCGUCGGGCUGGAGGUGAGGCGGAGGGCGACCUGCUGGAGGCCGUGCUGGGGCGAGGGCUGAAAAAGCGCUAUGGGGGGUUCAUGAGGCGCGUGGGCCGGCCUGAAUGGCUGGUGGACGACAGCAAGAGCGGGGGGGUUCUGAAACGAGCCUGGGAAGAUGGCAGCGAGCUACAGAAGAGGUAUGGAGGGUUCAUGGACUAGGUUACCACGGUUACGACCUCUCCCAGCCCUCUGCCCACGUCCCCACCUCCCAAAGCCAAUCACCUUGUAGUCUGGACUUGUCGGUCUCGCAUAAAAUCACAUCAAUCAAUCACAUUCCGUCAUCUGGCUUUGUAUAACGUGCUGCUGGCUGCUUCACUGGUUCAACUGGUCCUGUGAUUAUAUCAAAGUUA